GAUAAAUCAAUUCUUGAAGAAUUUUUUGUAUCAUUGCCAUCGGUUUCAUCGAAUGGGUCAGAUUCAAAUUCAGAUAACGAUAUUGUCGAUUAUAUUGAGAUGACGAAUUAUAACAACACUGGUACCGAUGACUAUAAUAUAAUUUAUCGGCAAAAAAGAAAUAAAAAUAAUAUUGCAUCACAAAAAUCUCGAUUGAAACGCUCGCAGAAAUUUGCUUCGUUAAAAAAUGAAAAGUUUUAUUUAAUUGAAAAAAAUGAAAAUUUAAAAGCGACCGCUAAUAAUUUGAAAAAACAAAUUGCUAAUUUAAAAGAUUUAUUAGUUAAUUCAUAUAUUAAUUAUUAG